UAGAUAGCAGGAAGUUUUACUGUUAACAACACGACCGUCAGUCACUUACUCUCUCUCUCAGUGUGUUUUCUCUUUAGUGUGGACCUCUGUCUGAAAUGUUUUUUUAAUGGCAGGGACUUAGACUGACAGUAUUCUAACUUCAUAAUGAUAGUUCUUCGAGCAGUUUUGGUUUUUGUGUGUGUGUCGCUGUCGUGCGCGGUGAGGGUUUCAACAUGGCCUCCCCUCAACUGCUCCAGACAGGGUUUGAAGUGCAGAGUCAACACCAGUAACUGUAUGGACAGUGAAUGGCUCCGUGUGCAUCAGUACACUCCCAGCAGUCCAGAGGGGCUGCAGGUGUCUGUGGACACCAGGCGGGAUGAGGCAGGACAGCUUCAGCCUGUCCUGAUGGCAAACUGGACGAUAAGGGAUGAUGGCAGCAUCGCUGGGCUGAAAGCCACCGAGCUUCAUGUUCUGGUAAUCACCACCAACCAGAACCUUUGUGUUCGAUAUUCUUUCGAAGACAGGCUCCCAAUGAGGAGUCCAUCAGGGGAGAAGUGGUCAUUCUCAGCUAACAUGCUGGUGCUGGACCCUGGUCAAAAAUACCAUGUCUCUGUCUUCAACAUCCCCAAACCAGAGAUGGGCCACAGCAUGUACGACAUCAGCAGAGAUGUCAGCGUUCCUGAUUGUCAAGAUCCCAGAAUGCAGAUGACCCAGUUUUGCAUAGAGAGAGGAAGUCUGUGGCAGCCCAACAUCAGUCUGACUCCGAUCACUGCAGUCAGUGGAAGAUCUGCACUGGCUGUCAGCUUCACUCCUGAUACACUCUGUGAGGAGUACAUAGUCAUUGUUAAGUGCUCCACUACCCAGCAUGUAGUCCGUACAUACAAGGCUAAUCAGACGACCCUGAAUGUAACAUUCAGCCUUGAUAAAUGGCCGAGAUCUUGCUGCCAGUUUGAUGCUCAGAUCAGUCCUCUUUUCCCACAAUGUGGCCCGGACUGCGUCCGUAGAAAGAGAACUCUGGAUAUUUGUCCUGCGGUGCCAACAGAUGCCCCCGAUGACCCUGUGUACCUGUACAUUUUUGUCGCCCUGGGAGUGGCAUUAAUGUGUGUUGUGAUGGCAGUUACUAUGUACAUCUUCUGCCGAAAGCGAGGCAAACCUGUUGAUCUUGGAGCACCUGUCAGACAGAAGAUACCGUGGGAGCAGCAGCUUAACCAAUCUCCCAAAGUGCUGGUCAUCUACUCCCAAGACCACCACCUCUACAGGGAUGUAGUGCUAAAGCUCUGUGCCUUUCUCCAGGCCAAGUGUGGCACCAAGGUGCUGGUGGACCUGUUAGACACCACCUCGGUCGGAAUGGUGGGGCGCAUUUGCUGGCUUGAGUGGCAAAGACAACAGCUUAAAAAUCCUUCAGACAAAAUCCUGGUGCUGUGCUCGCAAGGAGUACAGGCAAAGUGGAAGGCCAUGUGCGGUCAAGGCCGGGUGACACUGAGGGAAGAUGUUCUCUCCCCUACUGACGAUAUGCUCACUCCCUUUCUCAAACUCUUCCUACCUGAUAUGUACCAGCCAGGCAUGCAGGGCAAGUACGUGGUGGCUUACUUUGAUGACAUAAGUAGCGAUCAAGAUGUGCCAUCAGUUUUUGACAUCACAGUCAAAUACAAGCUGAUGAAGCAUUUUGAAGAGCUGUACUUUCGCAUCCUAGACAUGGAGAAGUAUCAACCAGGUCAGGUCAACCAUAUCAAAGGCAUUGGCGGAGAUGAUUAUUUUGAGUGUCCCUCAGGUAAAGCCUUAAAGAAUGCCAUUGAAACCUUCCAGGCCUACCAGGUGGAAAAUCCUGAUUGGUUUGAGAAGGAGUGUGUGGAGAGUGAGGAGGAGGUCAAGACUGAGGCUAACCCACUCAUUGACCAGCUGCAGAUCCCUCCAGUCCUAGAGUGUGUUCCUUUAAUUAGGGAGGGGCCUCCUGUAUACAUCCAUGAGGUAGAAAUCCAUGAAAAUUGCGACAGUGUUCAUGUCCUUACACCUGAACUGAACCCAGAGCGCGAGCUGUCAUCAGUGGUAGAACUUACUCCAGCAGUGUACCCCGAGUUUGAACAUCAGUAUCCGUCAAAUCUGAGUGAAGUGUGGCCAGAUCACCUUUACCCUCACAGCCCCAGUCCAUCUGUCUACAUAGCGGAACCUGUUUUGAACAGCCUUCAACCACCAAGACAGAACUGGCUCUCCCUCAAGGAAGAAUCUGUGGGUCAAAUUUCCACCGAGGAGGAGGAGGAUUCCCUGCUACCUAUCAGCCAACUCUCUGCUCAUUCGUACCAGAGAAGCUUGGCCCAACACAACUCACUGGACUCAACACCUCAAGAAUUCUCUUGUACCAGCAUGCAGAGUGAAUAUCUCCCUCCAUCUGAAAUCAGCCACUCUCAGCCUGUGGAGAUGGAGGAGGAUGAGGUUCUGGAACCCAGUGGAAAGGGUCCAAGCAGUGGAUCUGAUCAAGGCUACAUCUCCAAAAUGUCCUCCCAGCAGGAACCCCCUUUCAAAGAGGAUCCACUGGUGGCUCUGCGAAGGCUGCAGGAGGAGCUGUUUCAUAAUGCAUACUCAGACUUAGAUCCUGAAGGGUACUGAUACUCUCAGUCCAAAGUCUAUCCAUCCAUUCAUCCAUCUAUUUUUAUCCGCUUACCCAGGGCUGGGUCGUGGGGGCAGCAGGCUGAGCAAGGUACUCCAGACAUCCCUCUCCCCAGCAUAAUUUUCCAGCUCCUCCUUUGAGAUCCCAAGGCAUUCCCAGGCCAGAUGAUAUAUUUAAUCCAUCUAGCAUAUUCUGGGUCUGCCAUGGGGUGUCCUACCAGUUGGACAUGCCCAGAAAACCUCUAAUGAAAGGAAGCAUCCUGAUCAGCUGCCUGAACCACCUCAACUGGCCCCUUUCAACAUGAAGGAGAAGCGGCUCUACCCUAGGCUCCUCUGGAUAUCUGAGCUCUUCACUCUAUCUCUAAGGCUGAGCACAGACACCCUACAGAGGAAACUCAUUUUGGCUGCUUGUGUGCAUGAUAUCUUCUUAUCAGUCACUACCCAAAGCAUAUCACCAUGGGUGAGGGUUGGGCUUUUAAUGGCUUCAGAAUUGGAGGUACUGACUCUCAUCCUGACUGCGUCACACUCGGCUACAAACCACCCCAGUGUCUGCUGAAGGUCACAGUCUGACCAUGACCAGUCCAAAAUCUACACUUAUAAAUAUGCACUAAACCCUCAACGACUUUAACCAGCAUCACCUGAAUGUAGGAAGGUUUAAGUGCUCCAAACAAAGACAUGUUUCUGUGACCAGUAAAGUGUGGGGCCUGUACGUAACAUAUCCAAUGUUGAUGAGUUUUAGAAUAUGUUGUUUGAUCAAAACAGAUUCAGACAAAUCACUGUGAUCAUGCCGUAGAACAAAGAAGUAGACACAGUGGCUGCAAUGAAUGUGUAGGUUUAUUUGUCAGUUUUGUCAAUGGGUUGUGAAUAUGUUGUCAAUUGAUUUCAAAGGUGUGUAUGUCAUCCGAAAAAAAUUGUUACGCACAGAAA